ACAUCUGUAAUUGCUGGGUUAUAGUACUUUCCGGAUUAUAGGACGCUCUGGAAAGUAAAUUAAAUCAAGAUUUUUACCCACAUCUUGCGCGUUCCUACAAUCCCCGACAGAGCGUGACGCCUGCACUUGCUAUAAUCCCCCUCGACAUUUUGGCGGGAAGAGGAUCUAUAUAAAAUCGGUUGAGGCUUGAAACCUGGCCCUCGUGUUGUGUCCUGGGUCCCAUGGCCCAUCAACAGACAACGAUAUUCGUUAAGGUGCAACAGCAGAAGCUGCAGAAACUGGUGACAGAGACCAUGCAGCUGAAGGCAUUGCUGCCCAAGGUGGUGCAUGGUGACAUCCUGCAUGCCACCACCAAGCUGAGACACCUUGAGAUGGUUUUGGAAGAUAGAGACAAGGAAGUGGAGAAACUGCGUUUGGAUUGUGAGCACCUUCGAGCAAAGUUGGACAUUGCAUUAGGGGACUGUCAGAAGGAGAAAGAGGACAAGUUGAAGGCACGGCGACAGCUGUCUGAUGCACAGCGGCAGCUGGAGCAGCAGGCGGAUUUCUGCACGUCUCUGGGAGCGGUCGUGUGCACGCUGCUCUGGAGGGUUUCUCGCUCCGAGGCCAGUGUACAGGCAAUCCUUGUGGGGUGCAAGGUAAAAGAGUUCUUCACCCUCGCCAGCCAAACAGUGGAGAGCUACGUGAAAUCAAUGCCUGGCGACUUUAAGACCGAAGAUGCCGGUGGAGACGAAAGCCAGUUCGUAUUGGCAAUGGCUGGCAUUGUUACAAAUAUUGCAGCCACUGCCUGUGGUCGGGAAUACUUGAUGAGCAUGCCUGGAGGGAAGACCAUUUUGGAUGUAUUUCUGCAGAUAUUAAUGGAACUUUCAACCGGCCAGUGCAUCAAAUUCAAAACCCUCAUUUUAAUGACACUGUAUAAUGUCAGCAUCAACACUAGUGGACUCCUGUACCUGGCAGAAAAACAAGGGAUGGUCAAACUCCUUUGUUGGCUUUUAGAAGGUGAGCAGGAUGCAGAGCUACGCUGUCAGGCACUGCGCCUCAUCCAGUCCCUGCUGCUAGAGCCUGGCACCAGCCAGGAAGUGGCAGAUGGUGUGCGGUCCUGCUUGCCAGAGCACUUCCUUCAGUCUCUGGUGGCCAACCGGCACGUUGAGCUUCGUGACGCCGCCAAGGAGCUCCACGAAGACCUCCAGGCCAUACACAUUAAGGCCUAGACUUUUGUUCAGGAGCCCACAAUAAUAUACAGUUAUCUGACAAUUAGAUUAUUUGUUGGGAAAAUAAAUUGCAUAGUCUUAAAGUAUAAAACCAAGGUCUGAAGCACACAGGAUUUUUUGAAAAUGGUUCAAAAGGAAAAAAAUCUGAAUUGCUGAUUCAUCAUUUUGUGUUCAGCAACUGAGUAAAAUUGACGAACUGGCAGUGGAUUGGUAUUAAACUUGGAUAACAUGUUUUUCUGUUCAGGUGCCAAAGUUAAUGCAACCUGUGCUUUAUAUUGUGAAGUUAAAUCAUUCAAACGAGUUUAUAAUCCAGAUUUCAAAACAAUGUUGCUGAUGU